GGCGGCGGGGGCGAGGAGCUCCCGUACACGCUGCCGGAGGGGGUCCCGCUCUCCGGCUACCUCAUCCGCAAGGUGCUGCUCACGCGGGAAGUGCUGGAGGAGCUGCCGGCCGAGGACCUGGUGCUGUACCUCGACGCCGCGGACACGCUCGUGCAGCGCGGGGGCGCGGCGGAGCUCCAGGCGGCGUGGUCCGCGCUGGUGGCCCGGGCCGCGGGCGCGGGCGCGCAGUGGUCCGCCGGCUGGGAGCCCGUGGUCUUCGCCGGGCAGGGGCACUGCUACCCGUUCGAGCAGUGGGCCCGCGCGAACCUCGACGACGGCGGGGAACCAGCUGUGGAGCGCGCGCCCAGGUUCGAGCGCGCCUGGGGCCGUGCCUCCAGGGCCGGGCCGCUGCUGGCGGGCGCCGCGGAGGUGUGCGCGGAGGUCCGGGGUCCCGGCACGCUGCCGUUUGCGGACACCGGGACAUGGCUCGGCCGCGUGCGCAGCGCCCGCCGGCUCUUCGGCGUCAUGGCCGCCGUGGCCGUGGCAAAAAGGCCAGCGACUGCAUGCAGGUGCUGAAGCUUGUCCAGACCUGGUUCCCUGGCCUCGCGGUCGUGGACACCGAAGCCGAGCUGUUCUGGACCACCGAGACCGAGCUGGCCGCCAGGGAGGGCUACGGCGUCUCCGAGCAGCACCCCCGCGUGCAGAGGACGAAGGCGAAGACGGCUAGGCUGCUCUGCAGCAGCGGCUCACCAACCCUCGAGGGCUACUGGGGCGACGGGUGCUCGCCUCCCAUGCUGCUGGGCACGAAGUCGGUGCCCUUCGUCCUACACCACGCCGGGCCGUCCAAGGCGACGCUGGGCAGGCGGUGCACCGCGGCGUACGCGAUGGAGUUCGUUGCCAAGUCCGACGCCUGGGAGGUUCACGAUCUCGAUGCCGGGACCUCGGUGCGGCUGCACCUGGGCUCGGCUGGCCCGUUGGCGCAGGGGCUGCAGCAGUACCGCGGGAACUGGACAGCUCCGGGGCCUCGCGGCGUGGAACGCGGCCCUCGCGGCGCUGCAGCUGCCCGCCCUCCUCGCGCUCCUCACGGCCGCCGCGGGACAAGGGUUCGUGUUUGA